AUGGCUGCCGAUGGUACCAUACUCGGGGUUAAAGGGAAAAAAAAAAGGGACAGAAACAUGGACAGAGGAGAAGAGGAAGCUCCAAUUGCGGGAAGCCAAGGUUUCACCCGUUUUAUACAUGUUCAUCUAUUAAUUUUGAUUGCUUCCAUCCUUUCCCUAUGGCAACUGAAUGAUUUACAGUAUGAAGCAAAUAAUCAUCAUGCUGGCAAUGUAGAAAUAUCCCUGCUAUCAUGCUCUAAUGACGUUGAUGAUGUUUACAUUCCCCAAGUGUCGGAAAACUUAAAACCAAUGGUUGGACAAGAGUUUAUAUCGAUAGAUGAGGCACUUGAGUUUUACAUUAAGUAUUCAAAAGAGGCGGGAUUUAGUGUUCGUAGCAAUUUCAGUAAGAGACGUAAGGGUACCAAUGAAGUUAUAAGGAAAGAAUUUGGACAAGAUGCAGAACUAUUAAAGGAAUAUUUCCUAAUAGAGCAAGAAAGGGAUCCAUCAUUUAUGUUUGAAAUAGAUGCAGAUGAUGAAUGUCAAUUGAAGCGUUGUUUUUGGUCUGAUUCAGUUUGUAGAAGAGCUUAUGGAUGUUUUGGUAAUGUAAUGGUAUUUGAUACAACUUACAACACUAAUCAGUAUGGUAUGAUAUUUGCAACUUCGGUUGGGGUUAACAAUCAUGGUCAAACAAUAAUAUUUGCAUGUGCAUUCUUAAACGAUGAAAGAACUGAAUCUUUUGUUUGGUUAUUUGAGCUAUUAAAGAAUAGCAUGCCUGCAAAUACCCCAAAGAUGAUUAUCACCAAUCAAUAUCCUGCAAUGACAAAGGCUAUAGCUCAGAGCUUACCGAAUACAUUCCAUAGGUAUUAUAGUUGGCACAUGCUUGAGAAGUUUUCUAUAUCUUUAAAUGCAAUCACAUACAGGGAUUUUUACAAGGAUUUCAAACACUGUAUUUGGGAAUCAGAACGUCUGGAAGAGUUUGAAAGAAAAUGGGCUUCUAUCAUCGAAAAGGCGAACCUACAUGACAAUGAAUGGUUAAAGUCAAUAUUUGAACUACGUUCGAGGUGGGUGCCGGAAUAUGUUAAUCAUGUAUUCUCAGCUGGAAUGUUAAGUAGCCAACGUGCAGAAAGUUCUCAUGCAUUUUUCAAGGGGUACAUUUCGAAGAAAAAUUUAUUGAUGGAUUUUAUACUUCAAUUUAAUAGGGCACUUGCACCUCAAUGUCAUGAAGACUUACAUGCUAAUCAUGUUGAUAUUAAUGAGAAGCCUGUUUUGAAACUGCCAUUGGAAAUGAAGAAGCAAAUGGCUGAGAUAUACACACGCAAGAUUUUUUUCCAGAGUUGUCCAAAUGGAAGUGUCCCAAGGUUUCGAGAAAUUGUUUAUGAUAAAGUUUUGGACUAUGCAUCAUGUAGCUGUAAAAAGUUUGAGAGUGAAGGGAUUCCAUGUAGAUAUAUUUUGGCAUUUUUGCGACUUUUUGGUUAUAUUCCUCUUCUGAAUCAAUAUAUAAUGAAAAGGUGGACUAGAGCUGUAAAAUCUCAAAUAAUAUACGACAAAGAAGGUUUAGAGAUAACUGGAAAAGGUGGUUCAAUGUUAAUGUGGCAAAGUAAACUGUUCAAACUUUUCUCAGAACUCAUUGAUAACAUCAUGUCAAAUGAAGAGGCAGCUGUAAUUGUGAAUGAUGCUCUACAAAGUUUGGUUGAUCAGUUUAAUUCCGUAGGUGAUAGCAUAAACAAUGGAGGCAUUUCUGAAAAAGGUAGUAAUGUUAAUGACACAACUCUAAAAGACCCAUCUCAAGUGAGGGCAAAAGGAUGUGGAAGAAGAUUAAAAGGGGGGAAAGAGAAGGUAACAAAUGCUGCUAAGUAUAGAGGUCAAAGGGAUGUUGCAAGAGAUGUGGAAAAAUUGACCAAGCACACGACAAAAGAAACUGUCCAAUCCUUAACACUCGGUCCUCAAAACAAGAGAAUAUAUGUAAACAAGAAUCAGAAUUUGAAUAUGAUGCUGACCAGUUUUAAUUUUACAGGGCCACAUUAG